GGCAACUUCUCCUUUGCACAGGUUUUGAUAAAUCUCCCCCAAUGUUCUGGAGAUGGGAAGACGGAAGAGACCGGGGUCAGAAUACAGGAUGUGAGGAGGAAAGAGAAACCAUAGAGAUCGGAUAUCACCGGAAUCACCGGAUAAAGAACCGUCAGAUUUACCUCAGAAACCACAGGAAACGGCGGUCACCAGAGAGGAGGAAUUGGGGUUUAUUGUGUAAAAUCCAGGGGGCGCCAUCACACAGGACAACUUGUCUGCAUACGGCUCUGUCCAUGGGGAAUGAGGACAUUAUGGAUCUAAGGAGACAAAGGAACAAACAGAAAUCCCCCGACAGGAAAGGGUUAAAUGUCUCUAUUUUCUCCUGUAUCAACUGCGACAAAUCCUCCACAGAUCAUCACAGAUUUAUAAGAUACAAGAUGUGGGCGGAAUCAUCCGGAAUCAUCGUGACCAUAAUGUCUCCUCAGAUGUUUCCCCAGAUUAUCUCCAGGAAAUGGAUUUUAUUUCUCCAUAGAAUCUGGUGCGGUUUAUCAUCGUCUCCUCUUCUUCCCUUCAGGUUUCUCCAAUCCAGGAUCCUCUGCUGAUAUCUUCUAUAUAAGAGAAUUCUCCUGGAUGACCCAUCAACCAUGGAGAGAGACAGGAACAAGAUGGCCGACAGGAUCAUAAACCUCACCCUACAAAUACUCUUCCGGCUUACUGGAGAGGAUUACUCAGUAGUGAAGAAGUCCUCUAGUGGGCGCUGUCGGGCCCCUGUGUGUGAAGGAUGGGGAAGAACCCUGAGCCCAAUCACGGGGCCCCCACCUCACUCCCUGAUAUAUGAGGAAAUGGAUGAACAGAAGAUCCGAGAACUCAUCAACAAGAUGAUGGAGCUGCUGACUGGAGAGGUUCCUAUAAGGUGUCAGGACGUGGCGGUCUAUUUCUCCAUGGAGGAGUGGGAGUAUGUAGAAGGACACAAGGAUCAGUACAAGGAUCAGGUCAUGAUGAAGGAUCAGCAGCCCCUCACAUCACCAGUCAGAUCCAGUAAGAGAACAGCACCAGAGAGGUGUCCCCGUCCUCUUCUUCCACAGGAUGAUCAGGGAGAAUAUCUGAACAAUAUUAAAGCUGCAGAGACAGAUGUGAGCGGUGAUGAUCAGUAUAAGGAGAACAUUCCUAUAUGGAAAGAUCUCAUCUAUAUUAAUGCUAAUAUUAAUGCUAAAGACAUAAAGGAAGAAGAAGAGACACAUGUUAGCGGUGAUAAGCAGUAUGAGGAGAACAUUCCUACAGGGAAAGAUCUCAUCUAUAUUAAUGCUACAUACAUAAAGGAAGAAGAAGAGACACAUGUGAGCGGUGAUAAGCAGUAUAAGGAGGACAUUCCUACAGGAAAAGAUCUAAUUUAUAAUAGUACUAAAGACCUAAAGGAAGAAGAAGAGACAGAUGUGAGAAGUGAUGAGCAGUAUAAGGAGGAUAUUCCUACAGGUUAUCGCUCAUAUUCUUGUACCAGGAGAUCAGAGGAGAAUCUUAUAUCUUCAGAUUAUAAAGCAGAUGAUGAUAUCACACAAGAUACAUAUGAAGAACAUUCCAUUAUCCCAGAUACACCCUCAGCCCUUCACAGCCAAGAUCUGUCAUCUCAUCCUUAUAUACAGGUCCUGUCUUCUCAGUCAUCACAGGAUGUUCAGCACAAUGAGAUGUUAUUUUCAUGUUUUACUCAGAAAACAGAUGUUGUACAACAUGAGGAGAGUCACACAGGAGAGAAGCCAGUUUCAUGUUCAGAAUGUGGAAAAUGUUUUACUCGAAAAUCAUAUCUUACUGAACAUGCAAGAAUUCAUACCGGAGAGAAGUUAUUUUCAUGUUUACAAUGUGAGAAGAGUUUUGCUCAGAAAUCAGAUCUUGUUAGACAUCAAAGAACUCACACAGGGGAAAGGCCAUUUUCAUGUUCAGAAUGUGGGAAAUGUUUUACUGACAAAUCAAAUCUAGUUAAACAUCAAAAAAGGCACUUAGGACUGAAGCGGUUUCCAUGUUCAGAAUGUGGAAAAAGCUUUACACAGAAAACAGAUCUUGUUCAGCAUCAAAGAAAUCACACCGGGGAGAAGCCAUAUUCAUGUUUAGAAUGCGGGAAAUGUUUUACUCGGAAACCAUAUCUCACUGAACAUGAAAGAACUCACACAGGGGAGAAGCUUUUUUCUUGUUCGGAAUGUGGGAAACGUUUUACUCAGAAAUCAAGUCUUGUUCAGCAUAAAAGAACUCACACAGGAGAGAAGCCAUUUUCAUGCUCAGAAUGUGGAAACUGUUUUACUAAGAAAUCCAGUCUUGUCCAUCAUAAAAGAUCUCACACAGGGGAGAAACUAUUUUCAUGUUCAGAAUGUGGGAAAUGUUUUACUCGGAAAUCACAGCUUAUCAAACAUCUAAGAAUUCAUACAGGAGGGGAGACAAUUCAGAGCAGUAAAACGGCUCCUCUACAGAUACAGGUUCCUAUAAGGUGUCAGGACGUGGCGGUCUUUUUCUCCAUGGAGGAGUGGGAGUAUGUAGAAGGACACAAGGAUCAGUACAAGGAUCAGGUGAUGAUGGAGGAUCAGCAGCCCCUGACAUCACCAGUCAGAUCCAGUAAGAGAACAGCAUCAGAGAGGUGUCCCCGUCCUCUUGAUGAGCAGAAUAUGGAGGUCACUACUACAGGGAAAAAUCUGAUCUAUCUUAAUACUAUAGACAUAAAGGAAGAAGAAGAGACGGAUGUGAGCAGUGAUGAGCAGUAUAUAGAGGAUAUUCCUACAGAAAGAGAUCUGAUCUAUAUUAAUGCUACAGACAUAAAGGAAGAAGAAGAGACAGAUGUGAGCAGUGAUGAGCAUUAUAAGGAGGACAUUACUACAGGGAAAGAUCUGAACAAUAUUAAUACUACAGAUAUAAAGGAAGAAGAAGAGACAGAUGUGAACGGUGAUGAGCAGUAUAAGGAGGACAUUCCUAAAGGGAAAGAUCUGAUCUAUAUUAAUGCUCCAGACAUAAUAGUAAAAGUAGAAGAGACAGAUGUGAGCGGUGAUGAGCAGUAUAAGGAGAACAUUGCUACUGGUAACCACCCAGAUUCUUCCACCAAGAGAUCAGAGGAGAAUCUUAUAUCUUCAGAUUAUAAAGCAGAUGAUGAUAUCACACAAGAUACAUAUGAAGAACAUUCCAUUAUCCCAGAUACACCCUCAGCCCUUCACAGCCAAGAUCUGUCAUCUCAUCCUUAUAUACAGGUCCUGUCUUCUCAGUCAUCACAGGAUGUUAAGAAAAUGAAUAAUAGAAGUGUUGAGCAUCAAAAAGCUCUCAUAGGGGAGAAGCUAUUUCCAUGUUCAGAAUGUGGGAAAUGUUUUACUAAGAAAUCACAUCUUGUUCAGCAUCAAAGAACUCACACAGGGGAGAAGCCAUUUUCUUGUUCAGAAUGUGGGAAAUGUUUUACUGAAAAAUCAAGCCUUGUUGGUCAUCAAAAAAUUCACACAGGGGAGAAGCCAUUUUCAUGCUCCGAAUGUGGGAAAUGUUUUACUAAUAAAUCAGAACUUGUUAAGCAUCAAAGAACUCACACAGGGGAAAAGCCAUUUUCAUGUUCAGAAUGUGGGAAAUGUUUUACUCAAAAAUCAAGCCUUCUUGAUCAUCUAAAAACUCACACAGGGGAGAAGCCAUUUUCAUGCACGGAAUGUGAGAAAUGUUUUGCUAACAAAUCACAUCUUGUUAGACAUCAAAAAACUCACACAGGGGCAGGGGAGAAGCGAUUUUUUUGUUCAGAAUGUGGCAAAUGUUUUACUUUUAAAUCAGGUCUUGUUGUACAUCAGAGAACUCACACAGGAGAGAAGCCAUUUUCAUGUUUAGAAUGUGGGAAAUGUUUUACUGUGAAAUGGAGUCUUGUUCAACAUCAAAGAACUCACACAGGAGAGAAGCCAUUUUCAUGUGCUGAAUGUGGAAAAUGUUUUACUAAUAAAUCUAGUCUUGUUCAACAUCAAGGAACCCACACAGGAGAGAAGCCAUUUUCAUGUUCAGAAUGUGGAAAAUGUUAUGCUCAGAAAUCAGAUCUUGUUACACAUCAAAGAACUCACACAGGGGAGAAGCCAUUUUUAUGUGCAGGGUGUGGGAAAUGUUUUGCUAAGAAAUCAAAUCUUGUUCAACAUCAAAGAACUCACACAGGGGAGAAGCCAUUUCCAUGGGCUGAAUGUGGGAAAUGUUUUAAUAGCAAAUCACAUCUUGUUCAACAUAACAGAACUCACAUGGGGGAAAGCCAUUUUCAUGUUCUGAAUGUAGGAAAUGUUUGAGAAAGCAACACUUAUACCAUGUACAUAGGAUAUCUGACAUUUAUACAUAUAUCAUAUACUGCAUCUCCAAACUUGUU